GUGGAGUCCAAUCCUCCGAAAGUGCUGAGAAGGGAAGUCUUUGCAAAACAGCGAGGGUUGGAGGCCAUUGCUAUUAGGUUCCUUUUGCUAGUAGAAACAUGUGCUUCGUGCAUUGAGCAUGUUGGGAAAGAGCCAUGGACUUGCAGGAUGCGCUGGUGGAUGUGUGGGAAUUUCCCACAGGCCGAGGUUUUCGGGCCCUAGCUCCGAUCAAGCGGGGCGAGGUCUAUUUGAAGGUUCCCUUUGAGAUGUGCUGGUCUGCAGAGAAAGCGAGGCAGAGCUACAAGGAGCUGAACGAGCUCAAAGGGCUGGCGUCGCCUGACGAGGAUGUCAUGGCCCUGCAUUUGUUGCUGGAGCGAUUUAAAGGAGAUGCAGGUGGGACGACCAUUGCUGUGAGGCCAUCGUCCUUUUUGAUUGGAGGUUGGAAUGCAGAGCACAUCCGAUCCCUUCCCAGGAGCUUCGAUAUGCUGCCACAUUGGUCAGAGGCAGAGCUCGGUGAGCUCGAAGAGCCUGAUUUGGCCAACACGGCCAAGCGACUUGCAGCGCAGGUCAGGGCUGACUACUCUGCAGUGGCUCGGGCUGCGGAGAACAUCGGCGAAAACUGGCUGGAGGCACAUGGGAUUGAUUUCGAGUCAUUUUUCUGGGCGAAGUCGGUGCUGUGGAGCCGCUGUGUGGACUUUUCCAGCGAGCUUCUAGCUUCUGCAGGUCUUUCUGUGGUUGGCAAAGAACAUUGUCGUCUGCUGGUCCCUGGCUUCGAUAUGGCCAAUCAUGACCACAGAUUGGUUGGGACUGGCCGCACCCACACCAUCCUGGAGGAUGGCAAUGUGGCACUCGUAGCGUCCGUUGACUAUGAGAAAGGUGAAGAGGUUCGUAUUUUCUAUGAGAAAGCAGAUAACAAUCGCUUGCUCUUGUGGUAUGGGUUUGUUGUGGAGGAGAAUCCCUUUGAUGCCGCCCAUAUCAGGCUACCGGUAGAUCCCAAAGCAGGCCCAAGGUUGGAGAAACUGGGUGCUGUGAUGGAUACUUGGCAUGGGAAGGUUUUGGCACAGUGUCGCAUGACCUUGGCAGAGCCACUGCCAGAGGCGGCGAUUCUGGCUGCAGCUUUCUGCCAAAACUUGAUACCUCCUGAAAGUCAAGAGCCACUUACAGCUCGACAGGAGUUGGAGGCUCUUCGAUUCCUGCAGCGAUGUUUGCCAAAGGCGGAAGAGCCCGGUCCCUUGCCACCUCCCAGCAACUGGCGGAGUUACUGCGCGGCUGUGGUGCGCGGCUUCAGCCCACUCAUACAGCUGGCCUUCCAUCGCAUGGUGGAGGCGAAGAUGAUUUCUGCACUGGCUGCAGCAAAAUGACUUGAUCGGUUUUGAC